AUGACGUCAUGUCGUCUCCUCGGCAACAAGAAGAUGGUCGCCAUUGGUUACAGACCUUGCCAGAAUGAAGGUUGCAGAAACAAUCAUCUGAAAUGGAACAGAGUAGUGUUGAACAAUGAACCGUCAAUAAACUUUCCAGACAAACCAACCAGCAGCAAUCCAAAGCAAAGUGCUGACGAUGGCGAGGGUUCGAUAUACUUCGGCGACAAUGAAGUUGUAGUAGUUGGAGACGUGAGCAGCAGCGGUGGUGGCGAUGACAUCCUCUCAGCAGAAGCGAACAGCAACCACAAAUAUUUCAUGCUACCGAAGUCGUUCAUCCACAAAGAAUAUCUAUCUAGCCCGAAACUGGCCAGUGAUAUGAACAAAAAAAGGAACGACGGUAUGGCCACAACAGAAGCCAUCAGCUCCGUGGAAAAAUUGAACGAGGAGAUGAUGAAAAAAUUAAAAGAUGGAGGCGUAGACGGUGAAUAUGAAGACGUAGUGCUGUCCUACAACAACAUGCAUCCCCCUCUACAUAAUGAUAACAACAACAACGACGACGACGAUGAUGAAGAUGAUGAAGGCGUACAUUUGAAAGAUGACCGGCUGAAGAUGAAGAUACUGAUGAAGAGGUUCUCGAGUACGUCGGAAUGCAUACAACACUGUCUGACCAACGACACAAAGAUCACAUUGUUUAGAUGCCAGCACAUAUGCCAAUGA